AUGGGGGACGCAGAAGAGCCGCUGCAGACCAAACUAGACCGAUUUUUGCUGACUUACAGAGCUACCCCUACGGAGUUAGGGAAGUCACCAUCAGAGUUGCUAAUGAACAGACAACCACAGAUCAGAUUAAGUGCACUGAGAGCAAAGAAAUCCGGAAAUGAAGUCAAGAUUUUUCAAGAUAAUCCAGACAAUAAACCAAAGUACAGUCUGAGUCAGGCGGUAUUUGCACGAAAUUUUGGAAAAGGACCACGAUGGAUUCCGGGAGUUGUAAUUAGGAUAAUCAGUCCUAGAAAUUACGACGUACAAGUAAGUGAUGUAGUGUGGAAACGACAUGAAGAGCAACUACGUCCACGACAGAUACCGAGUUUCGAAAACGCGGAACAAGCGAAAUACGAACGAGAUGAACAGAAUCGUCUCCCAGGAGAGAAUACAGGCACAAACGAAAGAGGUACAAUUCUUGCACCGGAGGAGGAUAGUGUACCGGCAAGUCCAACUACAGUGCCAAAAGAGUUUGACAUUUCCACCCAAUCCACUACAAAAAGAGAGGAUGUGGACACUAAAGAACUUUGUAGUAAAGCGGACACACCAAUUAUGGUUACACCAAGCGAGUCUGCGAGACGGUAUCCUUUACGUGAACGUAAACCUCCUAAAAGGUUUACUGAAUAG